AUGAGUCCGUUUCGCCUAGUCUACAGAAAGGCUUGUCACCUUCCGGUAGAGGUGGAAUACAAAGCUUACUGGCCUGUGAAGGAAUGCAACUCAGGAUUGGGAGGAGCCGGAAUUGAAAGAAAGUUGCAACUAGAAGAAUUGGAGUGCCUUCGACUAGAAGCGUGUGAGAACUUAAGGCUCUACGAAGAAAAGGUGAAGGAGGUACAUGACAAGAACAUCAAGAGAACAGAGUUUAGAGCUGGGGAUCAAGUCUUUCUCUACAACUCAAGGCUGAGGUUAAUGCUGGACAAGUUGAAGUCAAGGUGGGAUGAACCUUACACGGUGGAGAAGAAAUUUGCGGAUAAAUCUGUAUGA